AUGAAUUUAUAAAAUGAAGGCUCUAUUGAGUUGUCUGGAAAUCCAGCUUCAAGGGCUGGCGAAGAUGAAGCAGUAUAGUAUUAAAAAAGACUGUCUGUUAUUAUUUUAAAUCAAAUUCAACGAAAAACAUUAAAAAAAAAGUCCACAAUUAUCCAAAGCUCCAAACGGGAUGUCUUUGAGGAUAGUCGAUCCACAAGAAUUUAUUUUGAAAGAUACCGAGUUUUGGAAUAGGGGAGAUUUUGGGUAAUUUGUGCUACUCUAGUUUUAGUUGUUUUAGAGUAUGAAGCUUCUUUUAUGCAUCAAUUAACGGACACUUAUGAUACCGAAAUAAAAAUAUUACUCUAUCUAAUAAUGAUCCUCUCUAUAGUUACAAUCAUUAUGACAUUAAUUGCUUAUUUAGCAGAACUUGAAUUCAAGAAACGUUCUCUUUCAAUUCCCAAGGCCAGCAAUAUAUUUGAGACUAAUCUGAUUUUCCUUUUGAUUUUAGAGGUCAUCAUCCUAUUACCUUGUCCAACACCCUACACCAUGGAAUUCAAGAUAUUCUAUGUAUAAAGAUAUUCAGAUCAAAUCAGAUUUUAUUUCUUAAAUGAGAUUUUGACUUUCAUAAUGCUCUUUAGAUCCUUGUUAAUUCUAAACACAGCAUUUAAAUUUCAAGACUUCUAUUCCAAUAGAGUCAAUAGAUUAUGUCGUAUUUAUUCAGUAGAUUUUGGUCCCCACUUUAUAUUUAAAGUAGCCAUUAGAGAACACCCCUACAAAACUAUCUGUGGGCUCUUUUGUAUUGGACUAUUUAUUUUCUCCUAUUAAUUAGAGAUUUCAGAAAGAUCUUUGUUAAGAACAGAACAAGAAGUGAUGUCUUACAAAGUUAAUAAUUCUCUUUGGGUUUGUAUGAUAACAAUAUUCACAGUCGGUUAUGGUGAUCUAUAUCCACUAACUGACCUAGGAAGAUUUUCAAUGACUUUAGGUUUAUUCUAUGGAGUUGCAUUAACUUCUUUGUUUACAGCUAUUCUUUAUGCAGACUUGUAACCCUUCACAGCCGAAAUACGUUCUAUAACCUUAUUAGACAAGGCCAAUUUAAAAAUUUCAAUAAAGUCCUUUGCUUAAAAGGCUAUAUUGAAUUUAUUUAAGCUACAAUAGUACUUCCAAAAGAACAAAUUAAAACAUAUCCAAAGAAAUCCAGCCAUCAAAUAAAGAGUCACUUAUAUCAGAGGUAUUUUACAAAAAAGCGAGAACAUGAGAAGAAACUACAGAACGAUUGACACUGAAGACUUAAUCACGAUGGGGGAGAGAAGAUUUCAAGAAAUGACUCAUUUUUUCUAUGAGUAUUAUGGUAUGCUUGAAUAGAUGUAAUAAUAACAAGAGCUAUUGGAAGAUUAUGAUACAGAAAAAAUAAAUUCAAUUAAGAAAAGCCACACAGUGACAUCAGCCAGUCUUGAAAUAAAGAGCAAAGAUGAUUAAUAUUUUGAAGAACUGAUUGAUUCCUAAUCACAAAAUCAAUAGUUAAUGAAAUUUAAUGACGAAGACUGA